UUGUAUAAAACAAUGCACCCUGUCGUCACUGAGAAUGCCAUUGGAAUGGAUCUACCUAACCCAUGUCGUCAUGGUCAGUCAUAGUGGAAAGGUCGUGGUCCUUCGCUGUUGUCUUUUCGAUCGGCGAGUUGAGGAAUGUCUAAAACUUUCACUAUAGUUAGUUACACUGUUGCCUUUGUGAGCACCUGAUGGCCAAUCACAACGUGCAAGUGACACCGUAUGGCCAAUCACGCACAGCAACCACGACUCGUACGGUAGAGAAGAUUUCCACCGGGAGAGCGACCAACGAUAAACAGACCAAUUGUGUGAUAUCGGUGUGUAUGGAGCGUGAGAGGCCUUUGGAGUGAGAGGCCUCCGACACCCCCCCUCCACCCCCCCGUUGGGGAUCAGUACCCCCCCAUCCCUUCCUGGUUGCCGUGGAAACACUGGGCUAUGGCCACCGGCAGUAGCGGCAGCAGCAGCAGCGGGGACGGGAGAACUACUCCUCGGCCGGGCUGGGCGGCCUUCAGCGACGAUGGCCCUGAGGGACAGCACACAGGCAAGGGGAGCGUCCCCCAGUUGCCUGACCGAGCCCUGUCCGCCUCAGACUCCUCUGCCUGGGGAGAAGAGACCCCUGCUCAGCCCCCUCAGUCCAGCUCCUGGGUCCAGUUCGAGGAGAAGUCCUCCUCCCCUCCCCCACCCCCGUUGCAGGUAAAAGGCCCCAGGCACAGUGUUUGCUCCUCUGCCAGUUUCUGGAGUGUGGUGCCCCCUUCUGAGAGCAGCUGGACCACACAGUCAGAGGAGCAGAGCUCUCUAAGCAUGGGGGCCUCGUCCUGCGACCUGCCUUCCCUCAGCACAGAGAGCCCCUCACGGCCACACUCCUCCAGUUCAUCUGUCUUCCAGGAAGAUGAGGGAGUAGCCAUGGAUUCCUUCAACUGGACAUCCAACAACAAGCACACAGACAGCCAAACAAACACCAACACCCGGUUUGCCAGCUGGGUCACCUUCGACGAUGACGAGGAGCCUGUGUUCCAGCCGCCGAACCGGCCGACCCAGAUGAACCUGGAUAACCUGAACCGCUCGGCCCUUCAGGACUCAAACAGCAACCUGAUCGUGUCUCUUGACCAGAACCAGAGAAGAGACGAGCGUCAUCUUCUGGACCUGACUCCGGAUGGGACCAACCCGGCCUUCGUGCUGGACAGUCCGCUGAUCCACAGCCCGACGAGCUACAGCAAGAAGAACCCUUUCUUCGACAAGGAGUUCUCCAACAUCCAGCCCUCCUCCAUCAACCCCUUCAGCUCCUUCUUCGACCAACAGGAAGUGAAACACUCGCAGAGCAAUGGCUCCUUCCUGGACAGUCCCGCGUCGCUCUCCUACAGCUCGCCGUUCUUCCAGUCCACCGACUCUGACCUGCAGGGCGAGUUCGUCUUGCUGUCGUCCGCCGUGGCUGAGUCCGGCAGCAAGGACGAGGGUCUGGGUCAAGAUUCCUCCAGAGACGGCCUCGACACUCUCAGGAACCUUCAGAUCGCCGACCCUGACGAGUGCGGCAGUCCCACGCUGCCCGACGACUUGGCCGACGUGACGGAGGACGAGGAGGAGACGGCGUACAUGCCGGGUCACAUGCUCGCGCAGGACGGCUGGCCCAUGCUCCUCCGCAUCCCCGAGAAGAAGAACAUCAUGUCGUCUCGCCACUGGGGCCCCAUCUUCGUCCGCUUGAGCGACUCGGGGACCCUCAAGUUCUUCUACGAGAAGGGCCUGGAGAAGCCGUUCAAAGUGUUCCAGCUGACCGCUAACCACGAGCUGUCCGAACACAAGCUGCAGAACUACGAGGAAAACGGACGCGUGCACACCCUCAGCAUUGACCAUGUGGUGUACAAGGAGAAGCGCAAGAUCCAGCCCAAGGUGUCGGUGGUGCACCUGCCCUUUAGGGAACAGCUGGUGAAACUGGGCACCAAGAACUACGAGGACUUCCUGAGUUUCAGACACGCACUGCAGGAGCGACUAGUGGGGCUGACCACCGAUGCAGGUCCUCCGAGCACGCCCGUCAGCUACUCGGACGAGGAAGUGGCGGUGGAGGUCCAAGACGAGUUCUACGGGGUGGUGGCCAAAGGGGACUGUCGGAUAUUGGAGCAUCUGGUUCUGACCCGGGUCAACAUGUUGGUCUUCGUGUCCGGUUCCCCGGCCUGCCGCUUGGGGCUCAACGACGUGCUGGUGAAGGGCAAGGAGGUGGUGUCGAGGCACGACAUCAUCCCCAACACCACAACGCGCUGGAUACGCGUCCGAGAGUGCCAACUACAUCAGUCCGUCGACCAGCAGGACUUCACCCAGUCACGUGCCAUAGCGUUCAACCCUCCGAUCGGGCGGCGCUUCGAACUGUUGCGUUUUCGCACGGCGUUCGCCGAGAAGACGCUGCCCUUCACGGUGCGGACGGUAGCCAGCGUCCGGGGCGCCGAGGUGGAGCUGCAGUCGUGGCUGGUGAUGUCCACCGGCUUCUCCUCCAACCGGGACCCGCUCACGUUAAUCCCGUGUGAGAACGUCAUGAUCCGCUACCCCAUCCCCGAGCUCUGGGCCAAGAAUUUCCGCAGGGAGAGCGUGACGGGAGAGAAGUCUCUCAAGGCUCGCUUCAACAAAGGAGCCAGCUUCGGGUCCACCAGCACGUCGGGCUCAGAACCGGCCAUGCGAGUUACCUUGGGAACUGCCAAGUAUGAGCAGGCCUUCUCUUCAGUGGUAUGGAGGAUCAGUCGUCUGCCGGACAAAAACUCAGCGCUGGGCCACCCUCACACAUUCUUCUGCCACCUGGAGCUUGGCUCCGACUGGGAGGUGCCCCAGCACUUCCACUGCCAGAUCGAGGUGGAGUUCGACAUGCCGGCCACAUGUGCCUCCAAGGCCACUGUACGCUCCCUGUCCAUCGAGGACAAGCCCGACAUCAAGAAGUGGAUCACCUACAGGUCACACUUCUCCUACAAGGUUGCCAUAGAGCAGAAGGGGAGCCCUGAGGGUGACCAGCCCGGGAAGUGCGCCCAUCAGUGAGGGGACCGGGACGACCCGUCGUCUCGGGUCCGCCCUGCGGGUCCGCCCUGCCCUCCCCCACGGACUCGCUCGCAAGAUGCACUUUGAAGACACAGGGAUGUGGCGUGACCCGGGACGAACUGCUACGAUACGAACUGGAGAUCCAUACAGGGCCAAGGCCCAGGCAGGGGCAGGCGGGGGCAUGUAAGCAUGGAUUGAGACGUAAACCUGGCCGGCUUGAUCAACAACAUGGACGCUCGAGCUUGGACACAACUCCUCAGUAUCUGAGCAGCUCUGAAUGGUUAACGCAGGUCUUUUCUUCCCUUAUGUUUUGUUUUGAGUUUUUUAUUCUUAUAACCCAAAUGAUUAGGUGAGUCUGUGGGUGGACUCGUUGGUUAUACAUGAGUCUGUUUGGGUCCCUCCCUGUCCAACAGGUUUGAACAUUGGAGUGAUGAAAUAGAGUAGUCAGUAGAUAACUCAGUAUUUUGACCCGCGUUUUCAGCCCACUGUGAUGUAUUUAUGAGGUUGGCAUUUGGAAAAUUCAAACAUUCAAGUAUCAAGUAUGGGUGAAAAAGUGCUCUUAAUUUUAAAUUUGGGGACGAGCUAGCAUGGAAACAGUGAUACAUAUGUGUUACUGUAAAUAAGUAUGUUUUCUUUCUGUUUUAUCUGGUCUCUGGUGUUGGCUAUUAUCUCCUGCAAAAACUACAUUACUCUUAAGCACCUUGUUUACCCAUAGUCUGUGUUCUGGGUAUUUAUUGCUAAAACAGUGCUACAGUAAUCCUGGUAAAGGAUUAGUUGGGUCUCACUUGAAUUUCAAUUUUGGGAAAGCCUUAAUAUUUUAGUAUGUAAUUCUAAAUUUUAACUUCUUUUAAAACACUUUUUUUUAAUUGACAAAAAUCUGAAAACACUGAAAUGUCACUGAUUGACAUGUCUAUUGGAAGAAAAACAUUUAAGUGGUUACAUACAAAAAGGAUGCUGCUCAUAUUUCUGUCAUCUCGUUGUUUUUGGAUAUAAUACACCUUGAAUUGACCAUGUUAAAGAGCCCCGAGUGAAAAGUGAUGGCGAUUUAGAGAAUAUGAAAUGGGUAUUUCUGCUCGUACGUAGAUGAUGUUGCUACAUUUCUUGUUUCACUGGGCAUUUUUUAAAAACUACUGAAUGGUGUUUGUACUCUAAACAUUGUCUGUCUCCAUGUGAUAUUGAGCAUUUCUACUACUAACAGAAGAAACAGAGUUGCUCUGAAUUUUCCAAGAAAAAAAAAAAAGUGUACAAAGUGCAAGUGGCUGUACAUGUCUGACUACCCUACCAUCUGUAUGUGUUUUUAGAUAUGAAAGUAAUUUAUGAAACAAAUGUUACCCUUAUGGUACCCGUAUGAAUUUCAUUGUCACCGUGUCAUAAACGCCUAUCUGUAUCCUAUAGAUAUUUUUCCCCCCAGACAAUGACGUGUAAAUACAGCAAAUCAGAUUCCAGUAAACUAGCAUGAACUGACUGACUCAUGGUCCAUAACUAUCAGAACCACAUGGUUUAAUAAUAAAUAUGGUGUCUUUAGCCAAGCA